UUUCAAAUAUUAAAAAAUUGCUGAAGGUAUCAUCAAACCUAACCAGAAAGGAACAAUUCUGCAUUUAACCAUAAAAGAUCAUAAAAGAAAAUUAAAUGACAGACACCCGCAGUUCCGACCCAAAGUAACCUGAGAAUAUUUUUCACAAGUAUCAUAUUAUAAAAUGCCAAGUGUUGUUUGUUUCAGUGUUGGUCAUAUUCAUAAAGGAUCCUCUUUUUCAUUCCCCUUUGUCUUUGUCACCCCUAUUUUCCUCUUUUGCGCAAUUUCACGGUGUUUAAUAAAACCAUGGCAAUAAUAGGCAAAUCGGUGCUUUAAAACGCAGGAAGGCUUAAAGCUGAAAAUGUUCACCAUUGGGUGAAAUUUACUUUUUUAUUUAUUGACAAUAGACCAGGGCACAGCAUUGGUUGAUGUCUUCAAUCUUCUUUUUCUCUUUACUCGUGAUGCUCAUCUUUGCUUAAUCGCUGUGUGGAGGUUGUUUGUCUGUGGCAGGAAGUGUAACUGCAGUAGUUUUUCAGCAAGAUUUACUGCAAGGAGCGUCUUCUGGGUUUCCGAGAGCCUGAACAGAGAACGUGGAAGAGAUCAUUGAAGAAAGUGUGACUGAGCAAAAUAACACCGGCGGCGUCCAGUGGCGUGUGCUGGGGGGACCUGAGCGCCCCCAGGUGCCCCCAGUUUGCCGGAAGGAGUCAUGCCAUAUGUUAAUGAUAAGCACGUCAGCAUGGACACCUUCCUGGCCAGAAAGGAGGAAGAGUGAGCGUCUAACCACAGGGCUGUUUCCUCUGAGCGUGCUUUCGCUGUUAGCCUGCAAGCCUCCAUGGAGGAAGAGCGGCCGUGUCUGAGGGCACCGGGCGGCUGGGGCUCCGAGGACCGGCUGCAGCCGGACUUGUGGACACGCGCAGAGGACGUAACCAUGGAGAUGGAGGCUCAACUUGACAUGGUGGCAGAAUUAGCACUGGGGGUGGCCCCCCACAUAGGAUCAUCGCAGUCAAGCUCAGCUGAUGAUCUGGACAGUGCUGAGGAAGGUACCCCAGAUAUGGACUGGACAGAGAAUCCUCUGUCUGUACAUCUGCCCCACCUACAGGAUCCGGGUGAAGGAGACCAGGCAGAAGAACAUACAGGCUUAUUGAGGCGUGCCAAUAACGAGCUCAGGAAACCCUGUCAGCAGGAAGUUAACCUCUUAAGCCAAGACAGAGAGGAUUGUGUGAUGCAGGAGGAUGAUGGUGCUGCAGGCAGACAGACUGCAGAGGACAGAGAGUUUGUGGACUCACACCUGGGUGAAUUCCGACAAAAGCCUGAGCGGGAUUCAUUGGAGGAAGCCACACAUUCUGAAAGUGACACCAAGAAUACUGUCAUACCUGAACCUGCCGGAGGGAGAGCUGAGGUCAAGUGUCCAGCUUUGGAAAAAAUCAGUGCCUUUGUGAGGGCCAUGGAGGAUGUGGGGCUGCCUAAUGGGUUAGAGACAUCUACAGAGAUGGCAGAUACCGAAUCCGCAGCAGGGGAAGAAUCAGGCUCUCCUGAACCCAGAAUUAUAGCAUCGCAUGAAAACCAGACAGGUUACUCCACUGAGGAGGAAGAGGAGGGAACUGUAAGAGAGCAGGGGGAAGAGAGACACGCCGGGACCACGCCCCCUUCUGAAGGUGAGGAGGAAGAGGAGGGGACUGAAAGAGAGCAGGGGGAAGAGAGACACGCCGGGACCACGCCCCCUCCUGAAGGUGAGGAGGAAGAGGAGGGGACUGAAAGAGAGCAGGGGGAGGAGAGACACGCCGGGGCCACGCCCCCUCCUGGAGGUGAGGAGGAAGAGGAGGGGACUGAAAGUGAGCAGGGGGAGGAGAGACAGGUCAGGACCACACCCCCUCCUGGAGAUGAGGAGGAAGAGGAGGGGACUGAAAGAGAGCAGGGGGAGGAGAGACACGCCGGGACCACGCCCCCUCCUGGAGAUGAGGAGGAAGAGGAGGGGACUGAAAGAGAGCAGGAGGAGGAGAGACAGGCCAGGACCACACCCCCUCCUGGAGAUGAGGAGGAAGAGGAGGGGACUGAAAGAGAGCAGGAGGAGGAGAGACAGGCCAGGACCAUGCUUCCUCCUGGAGGCGAGGAGGAAGAGGACCCCAAUUUACCGCAUAAUAAUGCUGAGAGGGAUCAUCACGCACCAGUGGAAAAAAUCGAAAACACAGAAACAAAUAAGAGCAGUAGUCCUGAUAUCAGCAAGCACCUUCAGCAAUUAGAAUCGCUGAAGAAUGCAGAAUAUUUACAGCAGUCAGAAGAGCCAGAACAACAGGAUUGGCUAAGGGUGUGUGAGGAAACAGAGUUGAAGGGAGACUCAAGGCAGACAGAUCACAUGGACCAGUCCGAACUGGAGAAACAAUCGCAAGAGCAGAGAGAAGAAGAAUCAAAACAAAUAGAUCACAUGGAUCAGUCUGAAGCAGAGGAGCGAUUAUUCGAGCAGAGAGAAGAAGGAUCACGACUGAUAGGUGACAUGAAUCAGUCUGAACAAGAGGAUCGAUCAGAAGAGUUAAGCACAAUAUACCGAAUACAACAGGCAGAGGCAUCCACCUCGGGAUACAUGGACAGGGCAGCAAAUAAAGAGCCAGUCAGCCAGCCAGUGCAAGCAGAGGUGCUGGCGAUCCCCCAUGCCAACGGACGGUGCGUGGACAGGGAGGGGGCACGCACACUGGCCGAGAGGCUAUACAGACUGGACAACAUGCGACGCACGGAGGUGGUCAAACACAUGGACAAAGAUAACGAGUUCAGCAGAGCUGUAGGGGAAGAGUAUCUCAAGUUCUUCAACUUCACUGGUCAGAGCCUGGAACAGAGUCUGAGGUCGUUCCUGAAAGUGGUGGUUCUAAUAGGUGAGACGCAGGAGAGAGAGAGGGUUCUGGAACAUUUCGCCAAACGGUUUCAUCAGUGCAACCCUGACUGCUUCUCCUCCCCAGAAAUGGUGCUGACUCUCACCUGUGCUGUGAUGCUGCUGAACAGUGAUCUUCACGGCCAGAACGUGGGGAAGCCUAUGACUGUCUCCAGCUUUGUGUCCAACCUGGAAGGCAUGAACGAUGGAGGGAAUUUUUGCAAGGACCUGCUAAAGAACCUGUACAGCAGUAUAAAAAGCGACCCUCUGGAGUGGGCAGUGAACGAGGAGGAACUGAAGUGUUCCCUGCUUCCAGGGGAAGAAAAGGCAGAAGCACAGCCACGUUCAAAAAGCAACCCCUUCCAGGACGUCCCCCAUGAUAAGAAGGCCACCGUUUACAAGCACGGCUUGCUGACACGUAAAGCCCACGCAGAUAUCGACGGCAAACGCACUCCUUGGGGGAAGAGAAGCUGGAAGACCUUCUAUGCUGUCUUGAAAGGGAUGGUGCUGUACCUACAGAAGGAUGAGUACAGGAUGGAGUGGCAGAGCUCAGAGGAGGUAAUCAGCGUUCAUCACACCCUAGCUGAGAAGGCCGACGACUACACCAAGAAACCGCACGUCUUCAGGCUGCAGACUGCCGACUGGAGGGUCUUCCUCUUCCAGGCCUCCUCCGCCGAGCAGAUGAGCUCCUGGAUCUCCCGGAUAAACCUGGUGUCGGCCCUCUACUCAUCCCCCCCAUUCCCAGCCGCUGUGGGUUCCCAGAAGAAGUUCACCAGGCCCAUCCUACCUGCCACCCAGUCCACCCUCUCCAUGGACAAACAGCUGGAGUCCCACUGCAGGAUGCUGCAGUCCUUCUCUGAGGACCUGAGCUUCCUGACGCAGAGCUUGCCUGAAGGCCGCAAGGCCAAGGCUCGGGAGAUGGAGGAAUACAAGCUGAGAGAGGAGUAUCUGCAGCAUGAGAAGAGCCGUUAUGAGGCGUAUAAGCAGAUUCUGGAGGUGUGGAAAGGCCUGGUCAGAGAGAAGGAUGGAGCACCGGGGGCGGCACAGCUGGAGCGGCUUGACAGGGAGAUGUGUGUCGACAUCUCCGACGACGAGCUGGACGAAGGGGCGGGCCUUAAAAAGUCCCACUCCAGCCCAUCCAUCAACCUGGAGACCACGCCGCAGCCCCCCGUCAAGGUGAAGCGCAACAUCUCCGAGAGAAGGACCUAUCGGAAGAUCGUCAUACCGCGGCGCAACCGGGAGCUAUGAGCCAGCGGCAGCUUCAGCGGCAGCUUCAGCAAUGCUGCGGCGGGUUUGCUUUUACAUUCUUGUAUUCAGUUAUUUUCAUCUCCUGAUUGUUACAGGAAAAGGUUUACUGAGCUCAGCUGUCAUGGGUACUGCCAUAAUACAUACAUAUAUAUAUUUUAUUAAUUUAGUAAUACUUCAGUUUGAUAAUGCUUAAGUAUUUUUGUCUUCUGACCAAGUAAAAUGUAGUUAGAUUAUUCAAAUGACUCUUCAGAAAAAGGUCAAUGAAUGUUAUGGAGCAGGGCCGUCCUCUGUUGUGUGUCCCAAAGUUGACCACCUGAGGGCGUCAUUUCACCAGCACUUGAAAAUGAAGGCACACCGACGACUGUAUCUUACAAUCUGAAUGGCUGGAUCUUUCCACACCUGGGGGCCGCACUGUUACUGUUUUCUGCUCCCUUUCUUAUACGACAUAAUUUCCCCUAAAUUAUGUGUCACUUUGCAAAAAUAAAUUUUGCACUUUUGUAAACUUUAA